CGCUGCCGCCGCACUGCCAGCGUCUCUGCUGCGCCGCGGCAGCGCCAGCCGCACGACGACAACGAACUCGAUAACAUUUCGAGGCACUCUUCAGAUACACCUCGAAUUGAGCGUUUCGCGGCGGCGGGUUACGAUGCGUGGCGCGUUGUAUCUUUAUUAUUAAUUAUUUGUUGUUGUUGUUUACUCUGUACCGUAUUAUUUCCCAUCGCUCUAUCCGUAUCCGUAUCCGUAUCCGUAUCUGCAUCUGCAUCUGCAUCUGUGUCGCGUGUGUGCGUGUGUGUGUCUAUGCGUUUUGGAUCCCCUCCCUCCACCACCAUCACCAUCACCACCACCAACCAACCAUCCCCCUUAGCCAACAAGAAGGAAUAAUUAAAAUUUAAAUAAUUGAAAAAAAAAAUAAAAAUUAUUAAAAAAAAAAAAGGCAAACUACGAAACUAGCGCCCGCGCCUGCCGCUGCCUCAGUGUGUUAGUGUGUGUUUUAGUGUCUCGGUGUGGGUGUGUGUGCAAAAAAAAUAUUGCAACAUGAGCUGCAGCAACUGCAACGGCAACUGCAACUGCCACUGAUGGAGUUUGUUCGGUUUCAGAUCAAAACAAAAUCAUAGAAUACGGUUUAUAUCUCAAUAAGCUCAAUCUCUCUCUCUCACACACACACACACACACUCACAGUACCAGUCAAUCAAUCAAUCAAUAUCGUGUGCAUUCAAAUAUCACAUCGUGCCUAAAACUGCAACAAUUGCAAUUCUGAUUGCAACGUGCCCCCACUACCACCCCUAGGAGAGAACAGGAAUCGGAAACGGAAGUGCCAGUGACGUAAUACUCUCCAAUAUUCCUGACUCCCCCCCCCGGCCCAAACCAAAAAAAGGAUCAAGGGGAUGCAACAACAUCCUUAACCCCUACCCCUGGUGCAAAAAAAAACAACAAAAAUUCAGUAGAUCAUUCCCGUGCAAUAUGCUGAAUGCCAUGAUUUGGCCAUGGCUGACAGUGCGUAGCAAAAGUAUUUAUAUAACGGGCCAGACCAUUUUGUACAUCAAAGUGUUUAAACUAAAUGCCUAGAAGAGGGUCCUAAAAAAAAAAGGUGAUCCUUAAAGGAAAAACAUCAGUUUAUGUUUCCAAGGCAGCAGACAGUUGAAAUCGAUGAGAAACAGAUUGCGCCUAAAUGUCUUCCGGAAUUACAAAUUGUCGUGAAAUUUUCGUAUUUUUGGAAAUUUUGAUUUGGAAUCAAGCAAAACAGAGAAAUCGACAAAACAAUGAGCAUAGCAACAACAACAACAACAGCAACAACAAAAGCAGUAGCAGCAACAACAACAACAACAACAACAGUAGUAGUAAAGAAACAACAAACAACAAACAACACAAUAAAAAUCACAGCAACCGAAGAAGCAACAACAGCAACGCAGUGAAAGUGAUAAAGCAACAACAACAACAACAACAACAAGAGAAACAGAAACAACAACAGCAACAACAACAACUGCCCAAAGCAACCAAAAACAACAAUAACAAUAACAACAACCAUAAUCUGCAAAUACUGCAAAAGGGUUGAAAUAUUUUCGAUUUUUUUUCAAUAAUUUCGAAUUAAUAGAUAUUAACAAAAAAUCAUAGAAAAAAAUCGCUUUAAAUAACAAUUAAAAUAAAAAAAACAGUUAAUUAACUAAACAAGUUUAAUACAUACGCGUAUGCGAACAAGUGUCUUAUUACAAACAUAGUUAUAAACAAAUUAAAAUAAUAAUUAAUUCAAUAAAUAUUAAAGCAGCAACAAUAUAAGCAUCAGAAUCCAAACAAAAACAUCAACAAUUUAGUACCUACAGGCCUGACAACGUUAGAUCAUUAUAUACAUACAUAUAUAUAUAGCAAUAUACAAAAUAUAUAUAUAUAUAUA